AUGGCCCCCCGAUUAAAUAUUUUCCAGGGGCUUCAGUUAAACUCUCUGCGAUCUACAUCUUCCACGACCUUACCCGCUUCCGCACGAUGUUUCUCCACGACCUCCCCAUCCUCCAACUGGCUAGUCCCAAAACACCGCGAGAAACGGAAGUCGCAAAAGGGCCGUCCUCGAAUGCCCACCGGUGGUUCCUCUCGGGGAACAACGGUCAUCUGGGGCGACUAUGGCCUUCGGAUGAAGGAUCAUGACCGUCGAGUGUCGGCAGAUCAGCUGAAGAUCGGCUAUGAAACGAUCCAGAAACGACUCAGAGGCAUGAAGUACAAAUUCUACCCACGAGUAGCUGCUAAUAUCGGUGUCUAUACAAGUGGUAACGAGCAGCGUAUGGGGAAGGGCAAGGGUAAAUUCGAUUAUUGGGCUGCGAGAGUCGCGGUUAAUCGAAUAAUUUUCGAGCUGAAAGGGGAUCUCCAUGAGAAGGUGGCGCGGGAGGCGUUUAGGUUGGCAGCGGCCAAGAUGCCUGGGCUCUAUGAAUUCGUGAAAAAGGGCGAUCCUCCCGUAGUGGGUCUUACGAAAUUACAAAAUGGUGUCACGCUGGAGUCAUUGAAGAGGGCGCGAAGAGAAGUUCCAUUGAAUUCAGAGAAAAAAAACCCUCCAUCUUCCCCAGAGGGUUCCGCUCCUUCGCAAUAA